CGAGGAUUGGAUCACCACUGUGACGAUUCGGACCUUCCUCUUUCUUACCUUAAUUCGGCACUUCAUUAAGCAAAUAUUUAUUAAUUUUUGUUUUUACCUUGUAAGGGGCUGGGAGAGAGGAAGAUGGUCCGGCAAAUUUUUGGACAUGGGAAAUUCAAAGAAUAUUACCUAUAAAUCUAUUCAGUUUGUAAAUGAAGAAUCCAAAAUUGAAUCUAUAAGAACAAAUUCAAAAUCAUCCAAAGAUGUUCAUCAAGUCUUUCUUCAGCAAAGUGUUACUCUUCUGGCUCUUAAAGAUAAAACACUGGUUAACAGUACAAUAGCUCCAGGUGCAGUACAUCCUAAACAAUUUUUUGGACUAAUUGCUGAAGAUCUUCCAUUAUUUUUUGGUGCUGUUAUAGGUGCGUCACUUGUAAUAGCACUGAGUGUGUUAAUUUUAACAUUUUGGAAGUGCUGUUGUAGAAUGACAAUACUGAGUAAAAAGAAACAGUACUGGUUACAACCUCAAGACGGUGCAAGUGUUAAAGGAAAGUACAAAAUUCCUGUAGUACAAAGCAAUUCUGUUGUUUUUUUGGGACUGAAAUCAUCUCAAGGUUUUGACUAUCAGAGAAAGAGAUCAAUUGAAGAUUGCAUCAUAACAAAAUUUGUUCAAACAAACGAAGCAUUUGAAACAACGUCUUUCGGCAGCCCUCUUCAUUACACCAUGUCUUCCCAGUGCCCUGAAAUUGUUGUCUCAGGAAGUGAAAAACUUGUUUCUAAAACAACUGAUGAUCAUCCUAAUCACACCAGUUCUGAGAACUUAAUUGGCCAGUCUUGUUCUGUUAUUUCUGUGUCACCUAUGUUAGAUAACAGAACUGGUAAUCAUUGUACUGAGACAUCUCUCUUUUCACCUAACGUUGACAUUCCAGACAUUACCAUUCAUCAAGAUUCUCCAGCAUUAUUACAUCGCAGUUUUUAUUCUGGCAGUUUCGAUCAGCGUAGUUUGUAUAGUUGCCAUUCUCAUUUGGGAUCAGAAUUUGACUUGAAAAAGUGCAAUUUUACUUGGAGUAAUUACAGCUUACGACCAUCAUCUGCUAUGGAUUGUUACAGUGAAUUAUUUCAGAAGGCUAAUUUUUGCAAGAAAAGGAAAAAUCGCAUGAGAAGUGAUAUUGCUGCUGCAAUUGCUCUGAGCAGAAGUCAGAGUCCACAGCUUAAUAAAGAUACUGAAUUACUUGUCGAAAAUGCAGUUGAAGUUGUUUUAGAUGAGAGAACAACACUUUAGUAGCAUUGCAUGUUGCACUUAAGUCCUUGAACAAAGUAUGGUCACAUUAGGGUGAGCCUGGUGCUCAGAUGUUGAAACAUUUUCAAUUUUGUUCCAUGUUAACUGUUUGCACUAUUAUAGUUGAGAUUAAUCAUUAGUCACUUCUAGUCAAUGUUUAAUUCUUUUCUUUUAAUAUUUGCCUUGAUUCUCUUUUGACUAAUUGUUAGAUUUUUUUUGUUAAAAUUUAAAUAAAAGAUUUUAAUUGAUUAUUUUUUCUUAUGUUAUUGCUUUUGCAUCUGUAUGUAAUUGUUUAUAUGUUAUAAAUUUAUUCCUCUUACAUAUCAAAGAAGUCAAAUGUAAAUUGCUGUCUUAAAUCUAUUUAGUAUUUUUAAAACUUGUUUGCAGCUGUUUUAUAUCCAAAGAUUUAUAAAUGGUUAAAGGUGUCAUUAUUUCUUUAUAAAUAAAUGACUGAACUCUUUGCUAGCUGUUCUUUGUAUUUGUCAAACUUUUAAGUAUUUUCUAGUUUAUUUUGUAAAUAUUAAUUAAUUGCUGUGAUAAGUUUCUUAUAUGUUUUUCAAUUGCAUACAAUCAUAAUAUGCACUAUUAAUUGAUAUGACAAUCUUGCUUUUUAAAAUUUGUUGCAAACAUUAUUUAUAUACCAGCCAAUCAGUAUUUCUAUCACUCACUUUUAGAUAAAUUUGUGUGCAUAUUUCAAAAAGAUAUUUUUGCACUUUUUUAGAUUUCUACCUCACUAAGCAUAAAAUUUGCAUGAAAAGUAGUUUGUAAGUUUUUUAACCAACUGAUUUUAAAAGUUGAAUUUUUUUACUUGUAUUUAUAGAAGCAAUCUCAAACAGUAUUUUGAAAUGUUUGUAGCAAAAUUUGAUACUAUUAUAAAGAUGAAAUUUUAAAAAAUACAUUGGGAUAUUUUUACUUCAAGUAAUUCUUUCCCAAUUUUAAUGAUUCAUUGUGUAUCAGGCGUUAAGAAUUAUUACACCUAAGUGCUUAAAUUGUAGUUUUUAAAAGAUUAAGCAAAAUAAACUAUUGAUUGCAUCUUUUUUAAAUUAAUAAGAGAACUUUUAUAUUUAUUAAAGUGAAAUUAAUGCUGUAAAUUAAAGAAGAAAAAUAUUUAUAUAUUUCAUAUUAUCCUGUCAGUAUUUAAAACAUU